UUUAAAUUGUUGUCAUCAUCUUAUACGUUUGACAAUGCGCCAUAAAUUGAUAAUACUAACUUAGUCAUGUGUGUUCAUUCAUAGAUGUUUAAAUUGAUUGACAUUAAGACGUAGUAUUAAAAGACCGAAAUAUUCUAGAAAAAAAGAAAAAUUCUAAGUGACAGUUUGGACAUUUUAUCUAUGUGUCUAUGAAGUACCGUUAUAUUCACAAAUCAUGGAUAAUUCAACAAUCGCCUCACAUUAUAAUUUAACCAACAUAGAUCUCGACUUUAACAAAACUCUACAGGAUUACAAUGAUGAAGAAGCUUUACGACGACUGGCACCAAUGAUCUAUCUUGUACUUCUAAUGUUAAUUGGAAUACCAGGCAAUGUGUUGGUUCUGAUUGUUUAUCCAAUCAGAUUUCAGAAGAGUACUCACCGUACAUUUAUCAUUGGUUUGGCACUUUCAGAUUUAUUUGUCUGUGCUGUAACUCUGCCUUUUGAGAUAACGGAGAUGCGAUUUCAAUAUACGUUUUACAACAUGUGGGCAUGUAAAUUUUUUCGCGCCUGUAACAACCUUUUUGCACUGUCUUCGAUCUUCAUUUUGAUGGGACUAUCAGGCGACCGAUAUCGACGUGUGUUUACGCCAUUAAAACUUCAAAUGACUUCUCACCAUGCUACGAUAAUCAUCUUUUUUAGUGUCUGUUUGUCAUUCAUGUUCUCGUGGCCGAACUUCUUUAUCAGUGGAAUAAGACAUGUAAAACUCGGAGAAUUUAAUAUCACAGGAUUUGAUUGCUCUCUUUCGGAUCAAUUUGCAAAAACAAUAUACCCAACUGUAUACGGCGGAACAUUGUUUCUAAUUUUCAUUAUUUGUAUGGUAUCGUUGAUAGUAAUAUACUCGUUAAUUGGACGAAAACUUUGCACACACAUUCAGUUUAGGCGGAAAUUCUCCAAUGUAUCAUCGUCUAAGUCGACGUCUGAUACAACACUUUCCAAUGAGCAACACCAUUCAAAUACUUCUCAGCAAUACGAAAAAGAGGUUUUCGACAACAAAAAGAACAAAAAGGAACACAGUGAAAAGAAACUAUUGAGCAAGAAAAAGCCAACCAUCAAAGAUAGAAAAAAAUCUACAAAAGAAGACAUGGCAUCGAAGAAACUAACUAAAAUUGCGUUUGCCGUCAGUCUCGCCUUCAUUUUGAGCUACCUGCCGCAUUUGACGAUAUCUUUAUUGACGGCAUUGAAAGGUAAAUUCCUGUUUGCGCCAGGUCCAAUUGUGUCCGCUGUGUUGCCAAUAGUAUCUAGGUCAUUCGCCAUAAACAAUGUAGUGAAUCCUAUCAUAUAUGCAUUUAUUGACAGAAGAUUUAGGGAUGGAUAUAGAUUUAUCUUCAAGAAAAUGAUUUGUUUUAAAAAGAGUCAUAGUUAUAAUCUGUGACGAAUUUUAAAGUGAUAUGUAAUUAUCCCUUUCCGUCAUAUUUUAAGUGUCUUACGAGUGUCACACCGACUAAGAAACUUGUUGUCAAAUUACAGUUCAACUUCCAGUGAAUGACUCUUUAAGCCGUUUAUCUCUAAUUGUGUUAAUUAAGACUUCUAUUACUUCGAGUAUUGUAAAAGUUUGUAUGUGUAACUCUCCAAUAAAUUGUAACUAAAAUACAAGUAUUGCUUAUAACUUGUUUUUGCAUACAUAUUUUCAAUUUCCGAUAUGACUUUACAUUUUCCCCAGAUUUCAUUGUAUAUAAUAAACUACGACCAUAUCAAGA